AUGAUCGAGUUCACAGGGGAAAGAAACUACUCUGCUGUGAACAUUGUGGGAAGAGUUUCAAUCAGAGAGGAUCACUCAAAGAUCAUGAACGGAUUCACACAGAUACUGGAAUCUGAGAGUUUUAAAACAGAACCUCAGUGUGAGACACAAGGACUUGAUCUUCAAGAAUCUCAUGAAUCCUGUUCAGAUGUUGUGUCUCCCAGUGUGAAGAGUGAAAGUGAUCUGGACUCCAGCUGCACUGCAGAUCUGUCCAGGAUUCAGUCCCUCAGCACUGCAGCACUGGACACUGUGUCCCAUCCGGAGUCUGACCAGAUUAAAACACAGACUGAGGAACCACUGAGCAUCUGUGCUAAAGAUCUCAAGAAUCUCAAGAAACGGACUCACACGGGAGAGAAACUGCUCUGCUGUGAACAUUGUGGGAAGAGUUUCAAUCAGGCAGGAGCUCUCAAGGAUCAUGAACGGAUUCACACAGGAGAGAGACCGUACUGCUGUGAACUCUGUGGGAAGAGUUUCAACCGUUCAGGAACCCUCAGAAGUCACAAACGGAUUCACACAGGAGAGAGACCGUACUGCUGUAAACAGUGUGGGAAGAGUUUUCAUGUGGCAGCAUCUCUCAGGCGUCAUGAACGUAUCCACACAGGAGAGAGACCGUACUGCUGUGAGCACUGUGGGAAGAGUUUCAAUCAAGCAGAAAAUCUCAAGAUUCAUGAACGGAUUCACACAGGUGAGAGACCGUACUGGUGUGAACAGUGUGGGAAGAGCUUCAAGCAGGCAGGAGCCCUCAAGUAUCAUGAACGGAUCCACACAGGUGAGAGACCGUACUGUUGUGAACACUGUGGGAAGAGUUUUAAUCAGGCAACAAAUCUCAAGAUUCAUGAACGGAUUCACACAGGAGAUAGACUGUACUGGUGUGAACAGUGUGGGAAGAGCUUCAAGCAUGCAGGAGCCCUCAAGUAUCAUGAAAAGAUUCACACAGGAGAGAAACCGUACUGCUGUGAACACUGUGGAAAGAGCUUCAGUUUGGCAACAAAACUCAAGACUCAUGAACGAAUUCACACCAGUGAGAAACCUUUCUGCUGUGAACAUUGUGGGAAGAGUUUUAGUCAGGCAGGAGUCCUCAAGUAUCAUGAACGGAUUCACACUAGAGAUAGACCGUACUGCUGUGAGCACUGUGGGAAGAGUUUCAACCGUUCAGGAAACCUGAAACGUCAUGAACGGAUUCACACAGCAGAGAAACGCUUGUAGCAGCAACGCGUGUUAUUUUACCUAGAAUGAGGUGAUAUGAAAUAUUAUUAGACAUCUCUCUGUCGUUCUUACCAAACAACCUGAGCCUCAUCAUGAAAGUAAAGGAAUGCCGCUAAGAAAUGGUGCCAUUUGUCAAGGAUCUUCCAACACACAUGAACACAGAUCAGGACCUUAUCAAGAUGUCUAAAUAAGCCAGCUGCUGUAUCCCCCUGCAGCUCACAGCUGGCAACGCACCGGAGCUCAGACAGGUGUGUGUCUAGCCAGCACCUG